AUGUCAACCACCACAGCCACAGCCAUGCGAAGCUCUCGCCCACCAACUCUUCCCAAAGACUUCUCCGCCCAGCAACCGCAAACCAUCCGUCUAUACCCCCUUUCCAACUACACAUUCGGCACCAAGGAAACGCAACCAGAAGAAGACCCGUCGGUACUGGCACGCCUAAAGCGUCUCGAGGAACACUACGAUCAGUAUGGUAUGAGACGGACAUGUGAGGGUGUUCUCGUGUGUCAUGAGCAUAACCAUCCGCAUGUGUUGAUGUUGCAGAUUGCGAAUGCGUUUUUUAAGCUACCAGGGGAUUACCUACACUACGAAGACGACGAAGUCGACGGCUUCAAGAAACGGCUAAACGAGCGUCUCGCACCGGUCGGAUCGCAAUUCUCAGGCGAGGGCGUGAACGAGGACUGGGAGAUUGGAGAUACGCUUGCGCAAUGGUGGAGGCCGAACUUUGAGACGUUUAUGUAUCCUUUUCUGCCGGGACAUGUGACGAGGCCUAAGGAGUGCAAGAAGUUGUAUUUCAUUCAGUUGCCGAAGAAGAAGGUCCUCUCCGUCCCCAAGAACAUGAAACUCCUCGCCGUGCCGCUGUUCGAGCUGUACGACAACACGGGCCGAUAUGGUCCCCAACUCUCCGCCAUCCCGCACUUACUCUCGCGGUACAACUUUGAGUUCGUCGAUGAGAAUGAUAACGUCGUUGCUGCUACCCCGGGGACGCCGUUGCCUGAGGGCCAAAUCCCGAAGACCAAGGUCCUUGCGGGCCAGGAUGAAGGGAUGGCCGAUUAUACCGAGGAGAAUGGUGGACUAAACAUCCAGGGUUGA